AUUGAAAUGGUGAAGAAUAACAUGUUGCUGAAAAAGUCUUCUUUCUUCAUACUUCUUAACAUCUGCAUGGGCGUCUGUAAAGAGCUGGAGGUGCAGCAGGACCCCGUGAUCAACGUGACGGCGGGAGAAACGGCUCACCUGCGCUGCCGCUUCAGCCACUCGGGGAGUUCGAUAAUCGGCUCGUUCAGAUGGUACAGAGGUGCACCUAAAGGCAAGGAGGUCAACAACGACACACACCUCACUGGCAUCGUCAGAGUGGACGCAGAAACGUUCUCUCGAGACAAGGAUGCCUCCAUUUUUAUUCUUGAAACGUUGGCGCAAUAUCAGGACACGUACUACUGUGAGGUGGAUCUGCUUGGAGAGAAGAGCACUGGGAAUGGCACACGGCUGAUCGUUAGAAAGCCAGAAAAUAAACCAAACUCAGAUUCUGAAAAUGCUUGUGAAGAAGAUGAAGAAAAAAGGACCUGGACUGUAAUCAGAAUUAUCCUUUUCACUCUCCUUGCAAUCUUGUCUAUCCCUGUGACUUACUUUGUUCAUCGUUAUAUUGAAGGACCAUUUCAGUCUCCUCAGAGUAUUACAGGCAAAACCUGUAUGAACCUAACAGCUGUACUGAAUAUUAUGAAGAUAUUGAUCAUAGGACUUCUCCCAGCUGAGUUUAUUGCCUCAUAUGUGAUCAAGGCUUUCUCGUCCUAA